CUUCUUCUCUUCUUCUAUUCUUCUAUUCUUCUGCCUAGUUUUCUUCUAGAUGCCUCGAAACUUCCUCCCCCCCAUGGGCCACGGCCCCGGCCCCGGCCCCAGUAACCAUGGGAUGGGCGCCAACAGCACGGUCGAGCUGAUGAACCUGCCCGCGACACUCCUGGAAGCCUUCAUACCAGGCUACUCGCUCAUCUCACGCUUUGCGCUGGACAUGUUCGGGUUCGACGCCUCGCUGCUGGUGUCGAGCGUGCUCGCGCUGCUGGGGCUCGCCACGACGCUGAAUUACGCGUACCGGUUCUUCUGGACGCAGAUCAACGCCCACUUCACGGCGUCGAUCGCCAUCGAGCCGGGCGAGGAUAUCUACGACCACGUCUUAUCCUUUAUCUCGAACCAUCCUGUCUCAAACGUGACGAGGCAUUUACGUGCGCGAGAUGGGCGCGGUUCCCUUUCUGAAGACGAAUAUGAGGAGCAGAUCACUACCAACACUACUAACACGAAGACUAACACGAAGACUACAAACGAUAGUACUUGUGAUUUUAUUAAUCUUGCUCACUGGGAUGCUCAGAUCCCCCCCAAAUUCGACCCCUACGCUACUAGUCGAUGGUUCUGGCAUCGGGGCCAUAUCUUUCGUUUCCAACGGGAUCGGUUCGCUGUGCUGAGCGCCGGAGGGUCCGGCGGAGGACCCGGCGGAGGGCCCGGUGGUGGCGGCGGUAAACAAGGCGGAGGAAACGCAAGCAGUGGUGGCGGCGGUGGGAGCAGUGGAGGAACAUCCACGACGCUGGACGAGCAGAUUGCCAUCACGGUGCUGGGCCGGUCUGCGGCGCCGAUCAAGAGCCUCAUCGCCGAAGCGAGCAGGGAGUACUUUGCCCGCCAGGCACGGAGCACGACCGUGCGCCGCCCGACGCCCAAGAUGGUGCGAGGCGGCGGGCGGUUCGCGCAGUGGACCAAGGUCGCGGUGCGGCCGUCUCGCCCCAUUGAAACCGUUGUGCUUGAUGAGGGCGAGAAGAGGCGGCUGCUUUCCGAUAUCAACGAGUAUCUCCAUCCCGCUACGCGGAAGUGGUAUGCUAAUCGCGGUAUUCCUUAUCGGCGCGGGUACCUGUUUUACGGGCCGCCGGGGACGGGCAAGACGUCGCUUAGUUUCGCCAUCGCGGGCAUCUUCGGCGUGGAUAUCUUUUCCCUGUCCUUGCUUGAUCCCAGUCUCACGGAGGAGGAUCUGGGGUUUUUGUUCAGCAUGUUGCCUAGACAUUGUGUCGUGCUUCUUGAGGAUAUCGAUAGUGCGGGCUUGACGCGUACUGGUCCGGGGGGUUCUUCUGGUUCUGGUUCUGGUAGGCCAAUGAGGGGGGGAGGAGCAGAUGAAGGAUAUGGAGGAGGAGGAGGAGGAGGAGGAUAUGGAGGAGGCGGACCAGGAGGACCAGGAGGACCAGGAGGUGGAUAUGGAGGACCAGGAGGACCAGGAGGGUACGGAGGACCAGGAAGAAGACGCUUCAUGGACGAAGAACAACCCCGUGGGAUCUCGCUUGCCGGCCUCCUCAACGCCAUCGACGGGGUGGCUUCGCACGAGGGCCGCGUACUCGUCAUGACGACCAACCAUCCAGACACCCUGGACGCAGCACUCAUCCGGCCCGGCCGCGUCGACAUGAUGAUCGGGUUCACGCUCGCGACACGCAGCCAGAUCGCCGAGCUGUUCAAACGCAUGUACGCCGAUCAUCCAGACGGGGAAAAGGGAAGCUCCCUCGAGGCCCUGGCGGACCAGUUUGCUUCCUCCUUGCCGGAUUCCACUCUCUCCCCGGCCGAGGUCCAGGGAUACCUGCUCAUGCGCAAAAAGGAGCCGCGCCGCGCAGUCGACGAAGUGGAUGAAUGGCGGGAGGAGAUUCUCGAGGCUAAACGCGCCCAGGAACGGGGGGAUAAUAUCUUUGACAAGAAACCUCGUAAGGAUCAUAGAGAGGACUAGACUUGGACAUAGGAUAGCUACAAAGGAUGACAGGAGACUAGACAGGAAACUAGACAGGAUAACUAAACAGAAGAACUAGAUAGGAUAACUAGACAAUGAAGCACAACUAUAGACAAAGCUAAAAUAUAGACAGGCAAGUGGCUAAGCCAACUUGAUGUCGUCCUCCACCUCCGAAGGAUCCUUCUUCUGCCAAAAAGCAGCACACCCAUCGACGAAUCGGCGUGUAAGCGCCUCCACAUCCUCAAAUGCCAUCGGCGCAAAACACAGCCGGACGAACCGCCACGAAUCUGCUUGCGCCCAAGCCGAGGGAGCGAACAGCUCGCCUGGCGCGACGAGACAUGCAAAAGGCGCACGGGUGAGGUGGAACCAGAGCGCGCGCGAGAGCUUCGGCAGCUCGACUUGACCGGCG